AUGCUUCUUGACGCCGGAAUAAAAGACGUAUUGUGGCCCUACACUUUUCUCUCGAUCGCAUUGUCAGUCCCAUUCUCUGCCCCUCUGCAAGCCUCCACCGACACCCCUCCUCAAGUCCGCCAGCUCCUCACGUUCUUCCUCUCCCACCUCGCCUCCGCGGUGUUCCGCUCGCGCUUCCCGCCCGACAAGACCCCGGGCCCGAUGCGGUCCAAGAUCCCGCCGGAGCUGCGCCCGGUGUACAGGGCCCUCCGCGCAUGGCUGCGCGGGUGGGCGGGCUACCUCGAGCAGCACUACCGCUCCCCAGCGGAGAUCGCGGAGGAUAAUUGGCAUUGGGGCGCGGAGCUGCGGUGGUGGCCCGGGACGCCGGAGCUGGCGAGGCUGGCGCACCAAAUGCCCUUUCGGGUGGUCCCGAGGCAGCCGGGGUGGGUGCGCGUGUCGUGGUACUACGACAUCAAGGAGAUGUUUCCCGACGCGAGGGUGCACCCCGAGAUGUACGUCCACCUACAGCUCGAGCCCGACGGGAGCCUCAAGAUCGGGGACGUGCGCCGCAAGUGGGGCAUGGAGAACAUGUGUUUCGUCGAGUGGAACUCACAGAGGAUCUCCCUGUGGCCCUCCGCGGACGACGAAACCCUGAGCGCCAUCGCCGUGCAACACCUUCUGUCCACGCGCGAGCAGUAUCCCUACCUCCGCGUCAUCGAACGCCCCUCCGCCGAACGACGCACCGUCCGCCUGCACCGCGCCAACCUCCUCAAAUCGCACAACCGCCCCCGGCCCCUGCGCAUCUACCUCCGCCUGCGCCACAUCUACCUCCUCGCCGCCAAGUUCUGGUUCCGCCUCCACUACCGCUUCCUCCGCCUCCACUACCCGUUCCUGCUCAGCACGCCCGUGCGCGAGCGGCUCGCGGUCACGUGCGCGACCGUGGUAUGCGUCGCCGUGCUCGCGCUCGCGGUCUGCGCGGUGUGGUGGGCGUGGACGGCGGCGAUCGCGGAGCGUGUGGGGUACGUGUCGGGGAGGGUCGUGGACGGAGUUGUCGCGUGGGCGGGGGAACACCCGCUCGUCGGGCUCGUGGCGGGGUGGGCGUCGGCGGCGGUGGGCGCGCUGCCGAUGCGCGCAUUCUGGGCGGCGACGCUCCCGGUGUGGGGCCCAUUCUGGCUCGUGAAGAGCGUGCUGAUGGGCGUGUGGUGGCUGGCGACUGCGCUGCUCUGGACGGCGAUGGCGGGUAUGAGAUGGGGCGCGUUGGGUGUGCGUGUGCAUGUGAAGGCGGCGGCGGCGGCACUGCAAUCGUGCUUGGUACGGGAAAAUAUAGCCUGAUUGUAGACGCGAAGGGUAUAUGGUAGGCGUGUGUGGUCGUCCUUUGGGUCUCCGUCUUGCUCUGUCGCUGUGGUGUUGACUUAUGAAUUGUUAUAUGCUUGUGCCCUACGGAGGCACGGACCUAGUUGUAUGCCUCUCCUGUCAUUGUACUCAUUGUAUGUUCUCCUGUACUUGCUACUAUGCCUAUGCUCUUCCUUGAUGAAUUACAUGACAUCUAUCCAUUCAA